AUGGAAUUAGACAACAAUGCUCACGAACAGCAGCAGUAUUAUCAACCGGAGUUACAACCUGCUCAACAUCAUCAACAGAGCACGCAACCAUCGAAUCAGGCAAAUGCUCCUAAGAAGUCAGCAAAGCAAAACAAUGCUCUGCCUCUUUGGGGCAAUGAAACUUCGAUGAAUUUGAAUCCAUUGAUUCUAGCAAACAUUCAGGGAUCGAGUUAUUUCAAAGUGUCCUUGUUCAAACUGAAGACUUACCACGAAGUUGUAGACGAAAUAUAUUAUCAAGUAAAACACUUGGAACCAUGGGAACGGGGAUCUCGGAAAACGGCGGGCCAGACAGGAAUGUGCGGAGGAGUUAGGGGUGUAGGAGCUGGUGGAAUAGUUUCAACAGCAUUUUGUUUACUUUAUAAACUGUAUACACUACGAUUAACUAGAAAACAAGUAAAUGGGCUACUUACACACGGCGAUUCUCCCUACAUCCGUGCAUUAGGUUUUAUGUAUUUACGAUAUACCCAACCUCCUGGUGAUCUUUUUGAUUGGUAUGAACCGUACCUGGUAGAUGAAGAGGAAAUCGAUGUCAAAGCUGGUGGAGGUCAGUCAAUGACCAUCGGUCAGAUGAUACGGCAAUGGUUGACCAAACUUGAUUGGUUUUCAACGCUAUUUCCCCGUAUUCCGGUACCAAUCCAAAAGCAAAUCGAUGCAAAGCUUGACCAAUACGCAAGGGAAAACGGUGUCUCAUUCGCUGAUACGCAACCUGAUCGUGGUGGAACAACUGUGGGCGUAAAACAAACGCGUGGUGGUCCGUCAGGCAAUACAAGAGGAUCCGGACCAAAUACCUUUUGCGAUGAACGAGAAUCAGCACGUCAUGAACGAGGUAUGGCUGUACAGCAGUCAUUUAAAGAAAAGCCUCUUAAACGGGAUAUGUUUGACCAUUGUGACAGAGACGCACGAUCGUCCCGUUACGAGGACAGGCAUGAUCGCAAUCGGAAAGAUUAUCGCGCCAAGGAUUAUGAUCGCGAUUGGGAUAGAAAUAGACAUAGAGAACAACGCGAAAGAGACAAAGACCGGCACAGAGAAAGGGAUCGAGAUCGCGAUAGGUCAAGAGACCGCGACCGUGAUCGAAAAGAUAGAACGCGUGAUCGAAGAUCAAGAAGCCGGGAGCGCGAUUAUCAGCGUGAUCGAAGACAUCGUUAG